GUCUUUUUCAUUUUAAUUUGAAAUGAUAAAAGAGGACUAUUCUACACCUUUGAAUUGUUCUUUGAAGUGCCCAAGUCCAACGUGCUCAGUGCAGCCAGCAGCUCAAGAGUCACAGAACAGCAACGAGAACAUUCGUGCAAAAAUUGAAUGGAAAAAGAGCAAGAAAAGAAAAGAUACAUCGAGUUUGAUGCCGUUUUUGACAUUGUCAAUACAUUUGGAUUUUACCAAAACAAACUUUACUGGUUUGUUUCUUGCCUCAAGCUGCCUAUGGUAGUACAGUUUGGAUUCCUUGUCUUUGCAUUAGGAACUCCAUCUUUCCGUUGCACUAGCAGCACUAUUGCUAACAUCACUUGCCCCAUAAAGAAAUGCUGCGAGAACUGCACGUCGUACGCAUUCAAAGACUCCUUUACCAGUAUCGUUAAAGAGUGGAACCUGAUUUGUGAUCGAGCCUACAUCGCGGCAGCUAUUCAGUCUAGUUAUUUUGUUGGAAUGUUAGUUGGUUCAGCAAUUGGGGGCCAUCUUUCUGACUCUUUUGGAAGAAAAAAUUGUAUUUUCAUUAACUGCUUCGUUAUGGUCUCUGUUUCCCUUGGUUCAGCCUUUGCAGACUCGUAUAUUUUAAGCUGUGUGUUACGUUUCGCCGUGGGAUUUUCUCAAAUAUCUCUAAUGGUAUCCCAGUACACCUUCUUAAUUGAGCUUGUAGGACCCAAGAAACGAACAUUGGCUGCAAAUGCUACGGAAUUCGUCUGGACAAUUGGGGCUUUAUUUUUCGUGAUGAUUGUGUAUUUGUUACCGAAAUGGCGUCACACUGUCAUUGCUGGAAAUUUAGUUGGUUUUGUUUUUCCAUUAUUUUAUAGAGUCUUCCCGGAAUCACCUCGUUGGCUUGUUGCUAAUGGUCAUUUGGAUGAAGCACAUGCAGUCCUGAUGAAGUACGGUUCAAAAACCAAGCAGCCAAUUGACGAAGUAAAGCUUAUGACACUACUGAAGAACAUUAGAGAAGAGCAGCUGACGCGCCCUCAACAUGCCAAGAAAUACCACAUUCUUGACAUGUUUAAGACACCGAGACUGAGACGUUGGAGUUUAAUUGUGUGUUUCAACUGGUUUGUGAUAUCUCUGGUCUACUUUGCGUUAAUGUUGUUUGUCUCUCAACUAACUGGAAACAUCUUCAUAAACGUCCUCAUAAUGGAGCUCGUUGGAAUACCAAGCAAAUUUAUCAGUUGGAUAGUAGUUCUUAAGUUUGGUCGACGCCUACCAUUUUUUACGUUUAAUGUCCUGGCGGGCAUCAUGUUGUUUUCCUUUACGUUCGUCCCCAAAAAAUAUGCUAUGGUAACAACUGUUCUCGCAAUACUGGGAAAAUCAUUCAUGGAUGUUAACUUCGAUAACGUAUUCUUAAUAACGUCAGAGCUUUAUCCAACCGUGAUAAGGAAUAUUGCAAUCGGUACAGGUUCCAUGACGGCUCGUUGUGGGGCGAUUCUUGCUCCUUACUUUGUCAUGAUGACUCAGUUUCCCGGAAUAUCAAUAACCUUUCCGAUGUGUAUUUUCGGGGGCCUUGCCAUCGUUGCUGCUAUCGCUGCAUUGUUUUUACCAGAAACAUUGUUUGCCAACAUGCACCAAUCAAUCGAAGAAACCGAGGAAGUCGUGCUUCAUUACAGCAUACCUUGUUGUGGCAAACCUACUGGCCACAUGGUUAAAGAGCCUCAUGCCGAAAAAGAAGAUCUUACCGCGAAGAAUUCAGAUGAUAUUGUUGAGGCUGUUGCGACUGUCUAAAUAAUUUGAAAUGCAUGAUUGAUUGAAGUAUUAGUAGAAUUAGUAGUUUUUAAUAAGCGCAUCACGUGUUAAACCAAAUUUUUUUAUGACCUACUCACUGGCUAAGACCCUAAUUGAUCAAUACAGGUUUACACCAGUCUGUCCCUUUACCACUGAGAGGCCGCUAUGAAGGGUGGGGAGGGGGGGGGGCGUGCUGACCUCCUUGCUCGACUCCCUGCAUACGCGAACUUUUAAACCACUGUGUAUUGCGGUGGAGGGUCGUCAGAAACUUGUUGCUGGCAUGAAGUUGCUUGUACAUUGGCAUCAGCUUCUUGGUAACCAGGCGGCUGAACUGAGUGAUCAGGCUGUUGAACGGUCACGGUUGUCAUUAACACAGGGCGUUCAGCUACCACAGCACCAGGUUGAUUCUGCAAUAUGGAAUCAUCGUCAUGAUUAAUGAAACAUCAGUGACAACACGAUCCCAAACAUAAGAAUUGGGAUACAGGGGCCGAUGAGGGGGAGGGGGACUGGGGUGCUUUGUCCCCCUAAUAAUUUUGCCGUCAUAUAUUUUUUUGCUGUUUAAAAAUAUCAAUAGCUGAUGCAAUAAAUAUGUCGUAACUGCC